CUACAUCUAGGAGUUUUCACAAUGGUAGAAUUUGAUUUAAUUCGAUAUGUCAGUGAAAUAGAACAUAGAGAUUGAAAGAAUAAUUGAAACCUCAUUGAAAACGUGCUUGAUCAGGUAUGUACCAGUUUAGUGGCAAGCUAUUGAUACAAUAUACAUAUCCGAAUCUCUUACAGAAACUUGAGUCAUUGUGACGAAUUGAUUGUUCAACAUAUGGUAAUUAACCCUUUAUAACCCGAAAUAUCUCGUAUUCGAAUCUUCCCUCUCAAUAUUACCAGUUGAUCAAAACAGCUAUGCAAUGUCCAACCUAUGUCUAACCCAUGAUGUGAUACUUCCCUACCCAAUAAUGACCAUAAACAUCCAUGCCAUAUCUAGUAGUGGUCCUAGUGGAGAGCUAAGUAAUCAUCCAAAAAGGGUACUAGAAAGCUAAAGCAAAACCUAAUUAACACAUCUUUUCCCUACUUUGCUAUUGUUGUAAGAAGCCUAACUCAGCAUUAACCUAAUAAUCCCCAACUCAAGUGACUCAUCAAGUGGAUAACCCAACCAACGAAAACAAGAAGCCGCAUACAUACAAAAAUUAUCUCAUAACACAUUAGUUUAUGCAAGUCGGUCGUCGUCUACCUUUCCUUUUCAUGCAUAAAAAAAGCAAAAGAACCAUGUUUCAUAAGCACAGCAAAUGGACAACAAUGGUGGCGGGGUCGAAAGCUGGAGUUCUAGUGUCGUUUCUUUUGGACAGGGAAUAUACAUAGGUCGACUGGCCAAUAUAAUGAAGUGGGUAGUGAGUAGUGACAACUGAGAAGUCUAAUCCUCAAAUUUCUAAAUAUUUGUGAAAUCGUAUCAUACAUCAAUUUGAUCGGGAAAAAAUCUUUGUGGGAGUCUAAAUUGGUAGACAAUUUUCAAUCAUAUGAAAUGAUUAAAUUAGGGUUAAAUAACGGAUUUAACAGAAAAUGUCCUAUUAAUGACUUUUUCGAUAUAAUAUUUGUUAUAAAUUCUGAAAUUAACUUUUGCUUUUAGACCGGUUAUAUUACGGUAUGGACCGAAUUGUUGCACACUUCCAAUGCCCAGGAUAGGAACAACAAAGCCCAUUAACAGCUGCACCUCCGGUUUUGGUUCCAUUUAUACUAUGUGUCCAUCUCUCAAAGCCUAGUGACUAGAGUAGUCAGGCCCUUUCUAAGAUUGGGGUUUACAGGUUGCUCUUCCCAUUAGAAAUGUUUCUGUGAUUUACAAGUAUAAAAUCGUAAAUUUUGAAAACAUAAAUUUUGACUAUACUUUUAAGUAAAAAGUGUCAUUCCACGUAGAAGUGUUUUCAUGACUAACAAAAUAAAAACGUAAACUUUUUAUGUGUUAAAGCACGAUUUUGAGUUGUAGUACAUUCAUAAUUGAUCAUAGCCUUAGGCGAGGACUGAUUUUGUAUUUUUGUUUGCUACCCAUCCACAUUUCCAAACCCCAAAAAUUGAUGGCGGGAGCCUGGAGGGCAGGGGAAUCUGGGGUUAAAUGGGCCUCUCUUGUCCGUUAAUUGCCGGGCCUCCCUUGUCGGGGCCCAGAAUGGGCUUAGGCCCAGUCUAGAAAAAAUCGAAAACGCCAACAAGCACGGCAGUCCAUACACGUGUCUGCUUCUGUUGAACUACUCCGAAACUAAGUCGGUCAAUUCAGCUCGUAUAAAUCGAAACCCCAAUCACGCCUUCUUCAUCCACAGUUCAUUCCAAACAAUCCGAAAUCUCUCUAAUCAGUCAGAGACCUUCGAUCCCAAGUUUUCGUCCCAGCUUCUUAAAGGUAACGAAUCCUCUCUUUCGAUCUUCUCUCGUUCCUCUUCUUGCUGUUUUGUUAGCCUUCCCUGUUCCAUAAAAUCAAAUUGCGAAUCGGAUUUUCUUGGCUCUGGGAAUUGGGGUUCCCUCGCUCUUGUUAUUUCGAUUGCCAUGCUUGAAUCUUUGAUAUCUCCCGUUGGUGAAUCGGAAGCAGGAGUUUCCUGUAUCUAGGGUUUCAGUGAUCUGGUUAGAUUUCGAUUGUGAUUUGCGCUGUUUGAUUUCUGGACUGAAUUUUGGUCAUGCGAAUUAGGGUUCGUUGUUCUGUAACUUCGAUUGCCUAUGGGGGUUUCUUGGCUCUGGGAAUUUAGUCAGGCCUUCGAUGUUUGGAUGGGAGACUGCAAUUUUACGUAGCUAGGGUUUCAGUGAUCUGGUUAUAAUUUCUGUUAUGAUUUGCGCUGUAUUGAUCUCUGGAAUGAAUAUCUGUUCUGGGAAUUGGGUUUUGUUAUUCUGUGAACUUUGGUUCGUUUGAUCUUGCUAUGUCUGUUGCCAUUGCCAUGUUUGAAUCUUUUGAUCUCCCAGUGUUAGGUCGGGGGGCUAGGCUGGGAUUUUUAUUUGUACCCUAUGUUUCGUUGAUCUGGUUAGAUUCUGAUCAGGGUUGUUGGCUUGGUUUUCCUUGGUUGCGAUUUUACAGAUGCAGAUCUUUGUCAAGACCUUGACUGGAAAGACGAUCACUCUCGAGGUUGAGAGCAGCGACACCAUCGACAAUGUCAAGGCGAAGAUCCAGGACAAGGAAGGUAUUCCCCCAGAUCAGCAGAGGCUGAUCUUUGCCGGAAAACAGCUCGAGGACGGGAGGACUUUGGCCGACUACAACAUCCAAAAGGAGUCGACCCUUCACCUGGUUCUCCGUCUAAGGGGAGGUAUGCAGAUCUUUGUGAAAACCUUGACUGGAAAGACGAUCACUCUCGAGGUUGAGAGCAGUGACACCAUUGACAAUGUCAAAGCGAAGAUCCAGGACAAGGAAGGUAUUCCCCCAGAUCAGCAGAGGCUGAUUUUUGCCGGCAAACAGCUUGAGGAUGGAAGGACCUUGGCCGACUACAACAUCCAAAAAGAGUCGACCCUUCACCUGGUUCUCCGUCUCAGGGGAGGUAUGCAGAUCUUCGUGAAGACCUUGACUGGCAAGACAAUUACUUUGGAGGUCGAGAGCAGCGACACCAUUGAUAAUGUCAAGGCAAAGAUCCAGGACAAGGAAGGGAUUCCCCCAGAUCAGCAGAGGCUGAUCUUUGCUGGAAAGCAGCUUGAGGAUGGGAGGACGUUGGCUGAUUACAACAUCCAAAAGGAGUCAACCCUUCACCUGGUUCUCCGUCUGAGGGGAGGCAUGCAGAUCUUUGUGAAGACCCUGACCGGCAAAACCAUAACCCUCGAGGUGGAGAGCAGCGACACCAUUGAUAACGUCAAGGCUAAGAUCCAGGACAAGGAAGGUAUUCCCCCAGAUCAGCAGAGGCUGAUCUUCGCUGGAAAACAGCUCGAGGAUGGGAGGACUUUAGCUGAUUACAACAUUCAGAAGGAGUCCACUCUCCAUCUUGUCCUUCGUCUGAGGGGAGGUAUGCAGAUCUUUGUGAAGACUUUGACUGGGAAGACCAUCACCCUGGAGGUGGAGAGCAGUGAUACCAUCGACAAUGUCAAGGCCAAGAUCCAGGACAAGGAAGGCAUCCCACCGGACCAGCAGAGGCUGAUCUUUGCAGGGAAGCAGUUGGAAGAUGGAAGGACCCUGGCGGACUACAAUAUCCAGAAGGAGUCUACCCUCCACCUUGUCCUGCGUCUCCGCGGCGGCUUCUAAGGGUGUUGAGAUUUCUAAGACUGUUUUAAGUAUUCUGGUUUCGAUGGAUUGGUUGGAUCCAAGGAUUAUGUUCUGUUCCUGUUUUCAAGUACUAUGCUUGGCCAUGGUGAUGGCCUUCUAACUAUGAUGUCUGCUGGUUUUGCUUUUCUUUGAAUAAUGACUGAUUCCCUCU